CCUGCCUUCAAGGUCUUUCAUGUAACUUUAAGUUUGCAAAGCCAAAGACCUAUUAAAUACUUUCAUAAUUUUGAACGUCCAUGUUUCAGGAAACAAUGAGCUAAGACUUACAUGUAAGAUGUCUAAAUCUACGCCAUAUAUCCCUUACAAACCCUAACGACAAUUCGCUGAAAUACCAGUUAGCCAGAUAUGUCAAGAAGCAAACAAACGCAGUAAAGACCUAGCUAUAUGAUCGAAGCUUAUGAUUGGCUAAUUGCCUUCCAAGGUAGUGAAGGUAGUGACCAAUCGUAUUGCAAUAAUGAGUUGUCCCCAUUCUCCAGGCGACAACAAAUGCAGCGCGGCGAGGAACACAUGCAGAAAGCCCGCAGAAAAAAUUGAGAAGUUACUGUCUGUAUGUGUUGAAAGAAAUUUAUAUUUACUUCGAGAAAAGCAGUAAAGUAAAAGCAGUAAAGUAAGGUAGUAUUGGAAACUCAUCAUGGAAUAGGAAACACUUAAAUGGAGGUAAAUUAUAUUUUACUGUUGCUUUGCUUUGUUUAUAACUUUAUACUUUUAAUAUAGAUCUCACAGUGUAAUGUUUUGAAAUACAUGUCAUGCAUUUUCAACGCGUGUUUCACUCGAUCACUGUAUAUUAAAUCACUCGAUUACCUGCCCUUUUAUACCAAUGUCCAUCAUUUUCAAAAAGAGAUCUUACGAAGUUUGAUUUUUGCUCUAGUUUGAUCUUGGAAAUGCGACAAGAAGAUGUAAAACCAAAUGCCCAUCAUGUCCAUAUGUCUACAGCAAUUUCUGGAAACCAAAGAAUUGUCCAUCAUGCAAGUUUGAGAUUGGUGGCAAUUAUGUUCCAAAACCCAAAAAGGCCAAACUUAUUCACUCGGAAUGUGUGCUUGUUGGAAAGAACUUGUUUUCAGUGAAAACAAGCACUAGAGGUGACCGAUGCUUUGUGAUUGUGGACGAAGAAACAAAGUUGUGCCAUCAAGAUAAGUGCAAAACAAAUAGGGGAAUUGCAAUAGCAAGUUCACAAGUAUCCCAGUUUACUUGUGAACAUAUUAAAUUGGCACAAACCACUGUGGAGCAUGGUCUGGAGUCAGUCUUAACAAGGGAAUUGAUAGAAGGUUACCCUGCUGAUAGCAACACCAAGGAAAUACUUUAUUCACUCUUACCAUUAUUGGAAGAAAUCCCAGCAGUUGUCCAAGCUGGUGAUAGAUCAUUUGUUGUUUAUGGUCCCCCUAGCUCUACCUCACCACUCGGUUAUGUUCAUGUACAUAAAAAUGAAGAGAGAUACAGAUGCACAUCAAAAAAUUGCAAAGUAAUUUCAGGAGCUGGCAAACAACAGAAAGUUAGCAAAUUGUGUGUGCAUCAACAUGUAUUGUUUUGCACCCUAAAUUUGAGAAACUUACCUUCAUCAAGUGUGUCACCACAAACAUUAACAUUCUUAACUGAAGAUACAAACAACUUGCCUACAUCGAAAGCAGCAUCAUCCACUUUUGAUUGCACAAGUAGUUUGUCUGCUGAUCAAGUCGAUCCAAGUUCCUUGUCUGCAGAUCACCCGAGUAUAGGGCGUUUAUCUACUAUUCAGGCAAACAUGGAUAGGUCACUUCCUUCCAUCAUCCCUUUUGAGAUUUUGAAAGCAGCAAAACAGAUGGAUGCAGCAACAGUGUUAAAUGCUAAGGAGGUAAUUUCAUCUUUAUAAUUUUGUUAGCAUAUGUAGUUUUUUAAAUACACUCAAAAAGCUGGUUAAACACUUAGCCAUGGCUUGUGAUUUAUUGUUGCAUAAUAGUAUUAACAUGCAUAGAAAUCAGAUUUUGUUGCAAGUUGCAGUAAUUUUAUUGCUCCACCUUGACUCUAAAUAUUGUACUUCAAUUAAUAAAUUGAUGGUUGUGGUGUUACUCCGAGUGUGCAUCCACACAUGAUGAUAUUUUUGAACCGAAUCUACAGUAAUUCCUUCCACAUCAAUCUAUUCUACGAUACGACUUUUUGUGUGUGUUGGUGUGAUGUACUCAGAUGAAUAAUUGAUAUCACAGGAACUAGACUCAGUUCCAAAAUAUCACCAACUCCAUCCGACUUUGUGGCUCAGUUCUUGCCUGCUGUGGGCAUACUCAUAGUAACAUCAGAAAUAUCAUAUUUACCUGAGUACAUAUAUAACACCAACACACACAAAAAGUAUUCUAUAUUGAUACCUGUUAAUAUUAUGUGCUAGGUCUUUAUUCAUCAAACAGUGAGUGCUUGUGUCUAAUGUCAUGCAUCUACAGUAUAUUGACUACAAUAAUUGUAAUUAAUGUACCAUAUGAAUGAUUAGUUUUAUUAAAAUAAUCAAGUAUCUAUCAAAUUGAAAAGUAAACAUAUAUGUUUGUUAUCUCAAAUGAAAAACAAACCAUUGCCAAUUUUUACUGAUAGGGAACUUGGCCACUGAUAUUUCAACCAGAUGAAAACAUUUGUAGAGCAUGUGAGUGUAAUCUUGGGAGACCACGUCGACAUCCUGGAAGUAGUGGAAAGAGCUACAUUUUAACGAAUAGCAACCCCUUUUAUGCCGUUGAAAUUUAUGUAAAGAUAUGUACAAACAAAAACUGUAAAGUUAUGCAUCAAGUAUGGCCUUACAAAUUUGGUGAGUGGACUGCUUUCUGUAAUUUUUUUCCAGCAAAUUGUUAUUUACUGUAGCCAACACACUAUGUUUUGUUGAGAAAAGGAUAUAAUCAAUAUCUAUGCCAAGAGAUAGCCUGUACGUUAAACUAAGUUAGAGUCUUUUGAUUUUAGCCAAGGUAGAGUGCAUCAAUAUUGCAAAAUACUGAAUACCGAUACACCACCAUCAGAAUACCAGUCAAUACUGGCAUACUAUAUCGGUAUUUUUAAUGUUUUUGUUGAGCCAAACUGAACUGCUGAACGUCGAGAAAAAUUAAGUUUUGACAAAAUAGUUUUGGCACAAACUAGGAAUGUUCGGUAUGAGAAAUUUCCGGUAUCGGUAUACCGAAAAAAAUUACUGCCCGAUAAAUAUUUUUAAAAAAACUUGAAAGGUUGCAAAUGCUAGUACUUCAACUUUCCAAAAUCAAAGGUUUCUUUUUUACUGAUAGUUUUCUUACUGACGUUCCAAUUGAAGUAUUCCUCAAAUAUUGAUCCAAUACAUUACCUCAGGCUGACCAAUUCAUUUCAUCAAGUUCCUCAAGAUAUUCAUACACUUCCUGUGAAAAAGCCAAUUCCAAAAAUUUGAUCAUUUCUUGUCACUUCCUUUCUAUUUAUGAUUGGAUAAUUGCACAAACAAAGGUGAUUGUUGCAUUCAAACUAUUCAACAGGAAGUUUAUAAUUAUACUAGGAAGUGUAUGAAUACCUCAAGGAACUUGAUCAAAUGAAUUGGUCAGUCCAAGGUAAUGUAUUGAAUGAAUAUUUGAGGAACACUUCAAUUGGAACGACAGUAAAAAAUUUUGCCAUUUAUAUAUUUCCAAUUAAGGUGAUUUAUAAACAAGACAUUUUUGUAUUGCUAAACCAAACCUUGCAAGAACGAAAUCGUCCAUCUGUGAGUGUUAACUUCGGUUUCUGAAUAUGAUUGUAAGCAAAUUUUAGGUAUUAAGCAGCAAAAUACAAAAAUGUUGUUAUAUCACUAUUCAGUAUUUUUGAAUUGUCAAUAUUGCCAAUACCGGUAUCUAAACAAAUACCUGUAUACCGGAUAUAUCGAGUAUAUCAAUCCACUCUAAGCCAAUGACCUUUAAUAAUAGUUGUUAAGCCCUGUCAUGAAGCUAGGAUUUUAUAUGACAUGUAUUGUUUAGAAAUACAUGUCGAGAUGCACAUAAAAGAAUAUGUGAAUUAGAAGAAAUCAAAGUUGUGAGAGGAUCAAUGUGUUAAAUGAGUUUAAAUUUAGAUCAAUGAGGUUAAAUUUAAUGUGCCUAUAUAUUAGUCAUUUGUUUGGUGCACCACAGCACUUUGUUCUUCCUUCCUAAUGUUAAUUUUUUUGCUGUAGGUCUAUUUAAUGUGUGUGACAAAGUGCUUGUGGCAUUUGAAAUUUUGCUUGAAUGGAGAGAAUAUUUUAAGAGGGGAGUGCCAAUAUCGUCAGCAAUAGAAAGCAAGGUUGAAGCAUUAAGCAAACAUCUGAUGGAGGUACAAUGACAGUUUACAUUAUUAGGAUUAUUUCAGUAGGCAAUGUGAACUCCUAGAUACUAAACAAGGACAUAAAAUUAAAACUAGCGGUUUAGUUCCAUCUUUUACGGCCUUUAUGCACAAUAGACAAACCAAACAAUUCAGGUUUAGCCCAUUUAUUGGCUGUACUCUACCACUGAAAAGAAAAAUUGUCUGGCAUUAGACAGAGUAAAUACUAAUGUACGACGCAUUGCCAGUUAUUAACGAGUUAAUAUAUCAUUAAUGAGUUAAUAUUUUGCAUGGUCAGUUUCUUGUGUGCAACGUUAAAUGCAAAUACCACUGUCUAAUGUGAGGUCAGACUGCUAUCAAGUCGUCCACUGUCAGCUUGUAGUGAUUAUAAAGAAACCAUCGAGUAUCAAAUUUGAAAUAUAGUUCAAGCUUGUUGCUGUAGCUAGGUUAUCUACUGAGUGUGGUCACUGGGAGCACUUCGCGUUUGUCAUAAAAUUGUUACAAUACAGCUGUUAUUUUAUUAUAGUUAGAAAAAACACAUUCUUUAUUCUUCAUUCCUCUUUCAACAGGAUCAGCGGUUAUCAGAUGGUCAGCUCAAGUACUUACAAAAUCUUCUUUAUAAUGGGUUUUACUGCUUUGAGAUAAUCACCGAGCGUUGUUUAAACAAUGUAAUUUGUGGAGUGUGUGGUGUAAUUGGACAAUGUUACCUUGGGGAUGGUAAUCAAAAGAAUUGUUGUUCUCUAACAGGGGUAUACUUUUUGAACUAAUGCUUAAUUAAUUUCUUAACUUGUUAUUAAAGAGUUAAAUUAAGUUAUCAUAAUUUUAAGUGCUAAACUUGCAUUGAAAAUCUUGAAACUGUAAAAUUUUAUGUCACUCAGAUGUGAAUCCAGGUAGCACAUAACAGGUGCCUAAGAUGGACAUCAAAUACUUCUCAUUUUGUCGCAUCAUCAGCUUGUAUAUUAUGUGGCUGUUUUGUUUACCAUUUCCAUAGGUGAACAAUGUAAAGUCAUCCAAAAACAGUCCUGUACCUCUUGAGGAUUUCCUUUCCAGUCUGAAGAGAGACUGGAUCGAGAAAGUCAUUUUUAGUAAUGAUCUGGGUACUGGACGUAGAGAUGUAGAUGCAGUUGAUGUUCCUCCAAUAAUAGCUCCAGCCAUGAGAGGUCCGGAAGUGUACAACACCGAGAUGGAGAAAAAAAGUAUCUAUCUUAAUCAGAAAAUAACUACUACAAGUAAGUAUUCAUUGGUCCGUAAGCAGUGUUAUGCAAAUUAUAAUAAAAAAACAAGGCACUGUUACACUGUGCAACCUGUCUCACAAUUUUGUUUCACAAGUCACACAAGUUGCGAGACAAAUUGCACAGUGGAACAUGCAUCGCCAUCAUCAAGUCUACAUACUAGUGUAUAGUACACACUGCAGGGUCUGUUCUCCAAUGACAAUGGAAAUAUUGUGCAUAUUAAAUUGGUAAUCUGUUCUCGAGUGAUUUAAUGCUUCGCAACCAACAAUAGUAUUUGUUGGAUUUUCAAAAUUUUUCAAGUUUGAAAUCCAAAAAGUUUGAAAAUCAGUUUUAUCACCAGACAUAUGCAUCAUCCCCACACGCAAAGACGACACCAUAGGCGUACCGGGCGGGGGGGCUGAAAAUUUUUUUGACCCCUAAAAUGGUACAAUGACCUUAAAUGUUUUGGCGACAGGGGGGGGAGGUCGCCGAAAUAAUUUUUCCGGAAAAAAUUUUUUUGGUACUAGUCGGGCACAAUCCCGAAAAGUCGGGCAAAUUUCUUUCCGCCCCCUAUUUUUUUCCUUCCGGUACGCCCAUGGACGACACCACAACACCUGAAGCAUUUCCCGACAAUUUAGAUGGUGACACUGUUCAUUUAAAUAUAUAAAAAACUUACAUUUUGUAGAAGACUCGUCUAUGCUUCAUCAUUACAUUGUCGAGAAGAAGUUGAGAAUGGGUGACCUUGAUACAUACGACUUGCAAGCUCUAAAAUCUCUGGCAGAGCAAUGCAAAAUAGAUCUCCCUAGUAAUUCAACAAAGGUAACUAAGACAUUUUAUUAAUAUAUAUAUAUAUAUAUAUAUAUAUAUAUAUAUAUAAAAUAUAUAUAAAAUAUAAAACAUUAAACAUUUUUCCGUAUUGAUAUAUAGUUAUAUCAACACUCGUGGAAGUUGGGAAAACUGGAAAACACUCCGCCCUUCGGGAGUCGUGUUUCCACACAAUUUCUCGUUUUCCCAAUAUCCACUUGUGUUGAUAUAACUAUAUAUCAACACGGAAAAUUUUUAUAUUUGUUAAAUAUCAAUAAUACGUAUAAUUGACUUAUUUAAAUUUUCUUUUCAGUCGUUCAUCAUUGCGGAGUUGCACUCUCUAUAUGGAGAGCUGCUACAUGGCAAUUCACCGUGUCACGGAUUUGGAAAAGUGAAGGGUCACACUGGCGGAUUCUACCAUUUUGUUUGCCGUCAUGGUGUAAGUAUGAUUCCAGAUAGGAGCAUCAAGAGUGUGCUUAGGAUUGUGUAAUCAUAGUAAUACAUGUGCACAUUAUUCUUUGUGUGCAUGUUGCGUCAUUGUCGCCAUGUUCAAUCAAUUUGACAAAGGAUCAGCUCCUCUUUCAAUUCAAAUUUCAUACGCAUGGGCAUGGAGAAUUUAUAUUCCUUUUUUGACUACUUUUAUAGUGCACUGUUGCUUCCAAAUUCUUGCUGCUCCAGGAGUCUGUACGAGAUGCAGCAGACUUAUUUUUGUCAUUGAAAUAUCCGCCAACCUUAUUUAUUUGUGACACACCUUGCGGAUUAGCCAGGCACAUGGAUCUCAGAUGUGCAGCUAUCGCUGACUCGUUUUGGGGUGACAAUGCAGGUUGCUUUGAGAAGCCGCAACUUAACAGACAACCAAGUACUGUAAGUAUUCUUAAUCUAUCCUUUCUCACGCCGCCAUUUUUGGAGUACUGUAAUUUUUCGUAAACAAUUAUAAGAUUGUGGAAAGCAAUAUUUCAGAACAAACUAGUUAGAGUAAAUUUACCAUCAUACACCCAUAAAAUUAUAAAAUGUUGCCAUUACGUGGUGUUACGCUGGCAGGGUUGGCAAAAAAGUACCCAAAAAUGGCGGCGUGAGGGAAGCGAAUCACGUGCAGCCCAGCGAAUAAAUUGUUAGGGCGGCUACGUCAAAUGUAUAUUAAUUACCUAAGGGUGGCGACUAGCCACCUAAAUAUGCAUACAUAUAAUGCCUAAAUAUACAUACUGUACAUUGACAAGCUCGUUUGAAACACCAACAAUUAAUGCUAAAUUCUUAAAAUUAAAACUAUAUGUAUGCAUGUAGGCAUUGGAUGGCAUUGGAUAUACUUUCUAAAUUCAUCUAUACUUUUUUAGAACUGAAAGGAGUUUGGAAGUACUUAAAUUUGUGCAAUGUAAAAAGUGUAUUUUUAUCGAAAUUUUGCCAUUAAUAGGCGGAAUCCAUUUUACUCGACGUGUAGUAUUACAUUUUAUAUAAUAACUACAGUGAAACACAUACAUUUUAUUAACUACAGUGAAACACGCAAUUUGAUUGGUCAACAGCCGUGCAGGAUCAGACAAUCCUGCACGGAAAAUUCUGAACAGAAAUUCUUGCACAUAAUUUUACAAAUAUACUCGCAUUGUAAAGUUUCAUUGUACGAUACCUUUCGACUUUGAAGUAAGUUUCCAAUUAUUGAGACGUUGGUUUAGUUGUAUGAAUAAAUUUCUGAUCGAUACAUUGUUAUUCAGCAAGUAGCAACGCGCAGCGUUGAAAUUCUUGAGACCAUGGCAUGCAAGUACAACAUCUCUCGCUUCAAAGUUGAUCAAACGCUUUGCAAUCUUCACAUAUUCAGGUCGAGAAUCUUCAAAACUACUUUGGCUCUCUGUUUAGCAGGUUUUCCAUUUCAAAUUUCGUAUAUUUUAUCGAAAAAGUCCCUGUAUUUUCGCUGUAUAUUUUCAUAUAGCAUGAUCCAUGCACUUGGGAUGUUGCUCGACUUUCGGAAAGCGUAAAAAUACACUCACCUACGGCUCCUGUAUUUUCACGCUUUCCGAAGGUCUCGCAACAUCCCGCGUGCAUGGAUCACGCAAUCCUUCACGGAAAACCAUUCGGUAUUCCUUUAUUUACUCGACAUAUAGUAUUACAUUUUACUCGACAUGUAGUAUUACUAGUUUAUAUGUACUGUUAUUUCUAGGUCAGUGUACCAGACAUAGUUCCGAUUGAAUUUAGACCACAUGAUAUGGUAUUGGAUAACCCUGAUCAGAUUAAGGAGUUUCACCAUCCAAUCUCAGGAAAGCGCAGGUAUGUUGUCGGUGAUAGAUUUCAUACAAAGACGGAUCCUCACAAAUCGCCAUUAUGUGCGUACCACGACAUCGAAUUGUGCGAGCAAGCGACAUCAUUGAAGACCAGUUAUCAGGAGAGCGAAAACCAUCGCAAAAAUUUUUUGAGAUUGAGAAGUUCUACAAUGCAGUCAUUCUCAGUUCAUUUCUUGUACAAUUAUCUGAUGGACUACUAUAACAAUGAACAGAUUGUUCAGAGGCAAAUUCGGGACUUGAAAAAGUCUCUGAACAAAGGACAGGAGAUUGUAAGAGAUAUUUAUUACAGAUUCAAUAUUCAAUCAAAACAAACGUGACUCAAUGGAAUUGGAAAAAAUGGAUUAUAAUUCCUAUAGUUACAAACGAUCAAAUGUUUAAUACCACAUUGCCACUAUAAGAACAAAAAGGCCUAAUUCCACGACGAGCGAAAUGCGAAAAAUUUCGCGCGAAAUAGUUGCGCACACAUCAUUUCAGGGUGUUUCUCUGCGAAAUAUUUUUCUUUGCCGGGUAGUUAAAUACGUUUCUACUCCGUUGCGAAAUGGAGAUAGCGAAGCCAAUCAAAUACUUGUGUUUUGAAUGACAGAAUAGCGAAACCAAUGAAAUGCUUGUGUUUCGGCGAAUUUUUUCUCUACUGUGGAAAUCACUGCGAGAGAAAAUUUUCGCACAAAUUUGUUUUCGCGCGAAAUUUUCCGCAUUAACAUAUCAAAAGGAAUUUAACUUCUAGUUUUAAAACACGUCCCGCACCUGUGUAUAACCAUGGAUAAUAGAAUAAAUGGAUAGGAAACUAGCUGACGUGAUCUAAUGUUUUCAAUGGGCUGAUGGCGUGAUUGGAUGUUGAAACCUAGUUGUAAACCAAAUUCUCAAAACCGGCAUGUUUAGCAAUAAUACAGCUAAACAUUUUAGAGCAAAUGAAUAUAACUACGCCAUUCUACGAUGAAAUCUCUAAGUAUUCCCAGUCAAUUUUAGCAAAUAUUUCAAGCACUAAACAGUGAAAAAGGCGUCCCAAAUUUCGUUAAAAUUGGGAACGCCAAUUUCGUAGCUUUGUCGUGGCUUAGGCAUGUUUUUAAAACAAUUAGACCAGUGUAUGCUUCAAUAUUACUCUUUUAAAACGGAAAGUAUAGCGAAACAACAAAAAUGCCGAGAACUUUGCAAUACGCGUGACGUCACAGAUUGUAACUAGGUUGUUUUUGCU